GCCCAUUCCGGCGGUGACGUCAUCGCGCGCGAGCGCGGCCGGAAGUGGCUCCGGGGGCGGUGGCGGCGCCCGGUGUGGCCAUGGAGGGCCAUUCCCCCUUUGCCCAGGUGAUGCCUCACCUGUCCGAGGAAGAGGAGGAGGAGGAGGAGGAGCAGCCAGGUGAGGAGGAAGAAGGGCCAGGUGAGGAAGGAACAGGUGAAGAACCAGGUGAGGAAGAAGAUCCAGGUGAGGAAGAUCCAGGUGACGGUGAAGACCCAGGUGAGGAAGACCCAGGUGAGGAAGAUCCAGGUGAUGACGAUGAAGAUCCAGGUGAUGACGAUGAAGAUCCGGGUGAUGACGACGACGAUGAAGAAGACGCAGGUGACGAAGACCACCACCCCCAGCCAGGUGCCUCCCUCCAAGUGCGCCCCUCUCCAGGUGACCCCUCCACCUCCCGCCUCCGCCGGCCCCGCCUUUACCUGCGGCCACGCCCACCCCCUGCCGAGCCCGGCCCCUCCCACCUGCAGCUGCCCUGGGCCCACCCAGGUGCUCCGGGCUCGGAGUCCCCCUCACCUGAGCCAGGUGAGGCCACGCCCGGCUUCGUGCAGCUCAUCGACGAGCGCGGCGUCUACUCCACCGCCAAGCUGGUGCUGGGCGGCCGCUCAGGUGCGCCAGGUGCGCCAGGUGAGGCCGAGAAGCCAGGUGAGGAGGAGGAGGAGGAGGAGGAGGAGGAGGGAGACCUACCUGCCCACCUGGAGAUCCGCCAGGUGAUCGUGGCCGACAAACCCUUCCAGUGCCCCGCCUGCCACAAGAGCUUCAAGCGCACCUGGGAGCUGCUGAGCCACCAGGUGGUGCACACGGAGGCGCGGCCCUUCACCUGUCACCUGUGCCGCGCCACCUUCAAGCGCCACUCGGACUUCAAGAGCCACGCCCUGGUGCACACGGAGGAGCGGCCGCACAGGUGCGACCUGUGCGGGAAGCGCUUCAAGCGCUCCUCCAACCUGCAGGAGCACCGCCGCAUCCACAGCGGCCAGCGCCCCUUCACCUGCCCCAGGUGCGCCAAAGCUUUCAAAACCCCCUACGAGCGCCGGCGCCACGCCCUGACUCACCUGGCGGAAGCCGAGCGACCUUUCAGGUGCGCCGAGUGCGGCAAGGAUUUCCCGGCGGCCAACGCGCUGCUGCUGCACCGGCGGCACAGGUGCGAGGACAAGCCGCACACCUGCGGCGUCUGCGGCAAGCGCUUCACCUACGGCCACUCGCUGAAGGUGCACGAGCGCGUGCACACAGGUGACCGCCCCUUCAGGUGCGCCCUCUGCGGCAAGGCCUUCAAGCAGAGCAACGCGCUGGCCUCGCACGAGCGCGUGCACACAGGUGAGCGCCCCUUCGCCUGCCGCACCUGCGGCAAGGCCUUCAAGCAGUCCUCUUACCUGGCCAUCCACCAGCGCGCUCACACAGGUGAGCGGCCCUACAGGUGCGAGGCGUGCGGGAAGGCGUUCGCCCGGCCCUCGCUGCUGCUGCAGCACCGGCGCGUGCACAGCCAGGUGAGGCCGCACCAGUGCGGCCACUGCCACAAGUUCUUCAAGGACCUGGCGUACCUGGCCGUGCACGAGAAGGUGCACACAGGUGAGACGCCCUACAAGUGCGGGGUGUGCGCCAAGGGCUUCGCGCACCCCUCCAACCUGCUGCAGCACCAGCGCGUGCACCGCGACACCUGAGCUGCAGGUGAGCGCCCUGGACAGGUGUGGUGCCUUCACCUGGAGCACCUGAGCCGCGUGGGUGAAGCCCCAGGUGAAAGGACUCGGUACCUGUGAGCCCGGACAGGUGUGGACCCCAAAAAUCUCCUGUGGACCCCAUAAAGGUGUGGCAGGAACACCUGGACUGCAACACCUGAGCUGCAGGUGUCGGAACCCCAGAACUGCACACCUGGACAGGUGUGGACUCCAUAAAGCUUCACCUGCAACGCCUGAACAGUGACACCUGUGCCCCAGGUGUGGGAACCCCAAAUCUGCAUCCCAGGACAGGUGUGGGUCUGGGUGUGCUCACCUGGACAGGUGAGCGGCCUGGACAGGUGUGGUGUCUUCACCUGGAGCACCUGAGCCCUGUGGGUGAAGCCCCAGGUGAAAGGACUCGGUACCUGUGAGCCCGGACAGGUGUGGACCCAAAAAUCUCCUGUGGAGCCCAGAAAGGUGUGGCAGGAACACCUGGACUGCAACACCUGAGCCGCAGGUGUGGGAACCCCAGAACUGCACACCUGGGCAGGUGUGGACCCAAAAAUCUCCUGUGGACCCCAGAAAGGUGUGGCAGGAACACCUGGACAGCAACACCUGAGCCGCAGGUGUGGGAACCCCAGAACUGCACACCUGGACAGGUGUGGACUCCAUAAAGCUUCACCUGCAACGCCUGAACAGUGACACCUGUGCCCCAGGUGUGGGAACCCCAAAUCUGCAUCCCAGGACAGGUGUGGGUCUGGGUGUGCUCACCUGGACAGGUGAGCGGCCUGGACAGGUGUGGUGUCUUCACCUGGAGCACCUGAGCCCCGUGGGUGAAGCCCCAGGUGAAAGGACUCGGUACCUGUGAGCCCGGACAGGUGUGGACCCAAAAAUCUCCUGUGGAGCCCAGAAAGGUGUGGCAGGAACACCUGGACUGCAACACCUGAGCCGCAGGUGUGGGAACCCCAGAACUGCACACCUGGGCAGGUGUGGACCCAAAAAUCUCCUGUGGACCCCAGAAAGGUGUGGCAGGAACACCUGGACAGCAACACCUGAGCCGCAGGUGUGGGAACCCCAGAACUGCACACCUGGACAGGUGUGGACUCCAUAAAGCUUCACCUGCAACGCCUGGAGAGUGACACCUGAGCUCCAGGUGUGGGAACCCCAAAUCUGCAUCCCAGGACAGGUGUGGACCUAGAACUGCACACCUGAAGAGGUGUGAGAACCCCGGACCUGCCCACCUGUCCAGGUGUGCCCCCAGCACCUGCAGCCCCAGCCAGGUGAGGCCGCACCAGUGCGGCCACUGCCACAAGUUCUUCAAGGACCUGGCGUACCUGGCCGUGCACGAGAAGGUGCACACAGGUGAGACGCCCUACAAGUGCGGCGUGUGCGCCAAGGGCUUCGCGCACCCCUCCAACCUGCUGCAGCACCAGCGCGUGCACCGUGACACCUGAGCCGCAGGUGAGCGCCCUGGACAGGUGUGGUGUCUUCACCUGGAGCACCUGAGCCCUGUGGAUGAAGCCCCAGGUGAAAGGACUCGGUACCUGUGAGCCCGGACAGGUGUGGACCCCAAAAAAGUGUUUUAGACCCCAAAAAGCUUCACCUGCAACACCUGGAAUGCAACACCUGAGCCCCAGGUGAGGGAAGCCCAGAACUGCACACCUGGACAGGUGUGGACCCAAAAAUCUCCUACGGACCCCAUAAAGGUGUGGCAGGAACACCUGGACUGCAACACCUGAGCCACAGGUGUGGGAACCCCAGAACUGCACACCUGGACAGGUGUGGACUCCAUAAAGCUUCACCUGCAACACCUGGAGAGUGACACCUGAGCCCCAGGUGUGGGAACCCCGAAUCUGCAUCCUAGGACAGGUGUGGACUCCAUAAAGCUUCACCUGCAACACCUGGAGAGUGACACCUGAGCCCCAGGUGUGGGAACCCCGAAUCUGCAUCCUAGGACAGGUGUGGACCUAGAACUGCACACCUGAAGAGGUGUGAGAACCCCGGACCUGCCCACCUGUCCAGGUGUGCCCCCAGCACCUGCAGCCCCAUCCAGGUGAGGCCGCACCAGUGCGGCCACUGCCACAAGUUCUUCAAGGACCUGGCGUACCUGGCCGUGCACGAGAAGGUGCACACAGGUGAGACGCCCGACAGGUGCGGCGUGUGCGCCAAGGGCUUCGCGCACCCCUCCAACCUGCUGCAGCACCAGCGCGUGCACCGCGACACCUGAGCCGCAGGUGAGCGGCCUGGACAGGUGUGGUGUCUUCACCUGGAGCACCUGAGCCCUGUGGGUGAAGCCCCAGGUGAAAGGACUCGGUACCUGUGAGCCCAGACAGGUGUGGACAUCAAAAAAGUGUUUUAGACCCCAAAAAGCUUCACCUGCAACACCUGGACAGCAACACCUGAGCCGCAGGUGUGGGAACCCCAGAACUGCACACCUGGACAGGUGUGGACCCAAAAAUCUCCUGUGGGCCCCAUAAAGGUGGAGCAGCAACACCUGGACAGCAACACCUGAGCUGCAGGUGUGGGAACCACAGAACUGCACACCUGGACAGGUGUGGGAAGCCCAGAACUGCACACCUGGACAGGUGUGGGCUCCAUAAAGCUUCACCUGCAACGCCUGAACAUUCACACCUGAGCCGCAGGUGUGGGAACCCCGAAUCUGCAUCCCAGGACACGUGUGGACCUAGAACUGCACACCUGAAGAGGUGUGAGAACCCCGGACCUGCCCACCUGUCCAGGUGUGCCCCCAGCACCUGCAGCCCCAGCCAGGUGAGGCCGCACCAGUGCGGCCACUGCCACAAGUUCUUCAAGGACCUGGCGUACCUGGCCGUGCACGAGAAGGUGCACACAGGUGAGACGCCCUACAAGUGCGGCGUGUGCGCCAAGGGCUUCGCGCACCCCUCCAACCUGCUGCAGCACCAGCGCGUGCACCGCGACACCUGAGCCGCAGGUGAGCGCCCUGGACAGGUGUGGUGUCUUCACCUGGAGCACCUGAGCCGCGUGGAUGAAGCCCCAGGUGAAAGGACUCAGUACCUGUGAGCCCAGACAGGUGUGGACCCCAAAAAUCUCCUGUGGAGCCCAGAAAGGUGUGGCAGGAACACCUGGACUGCAACACCUGAGCCGCAGGUGUGAGAAGCCCAGAACUGCACACCUGGACAGGUGUGGACCCAAAAAUCUCCUGUGGACCCCAGAAAGGUGCGGCAGGAACACCUGGACAGCAACACCUGAGCUGCAGGUGAGGGAACCCCAGAACUGCACACCUGGACAGGUGUGGACUCCAUAAAGCUUCACCUGCAACGCCUGGAGAGUGACACCUGAGCUCCAGGUGUGGGAACCCCAAAUCUGCAUCCCAGGACAGGUGUGAGGCUUAGGUGUGCUCACCUCUCCAGGUGUGGGGUCCUGGACAGGUGUGGUGUCUUCACCUGGAGCACCUGAGCCCAUCGGUGAAGCCCCAGGUGAAAGGACUCAGUACCUGUGAGCCCGGACAGGUGUGGACCCAAAAAUCUCCUGUGGAGCCCAGAAAGGUGUGGCAGGAACACCUGGACUGCAACACCUGAGCUGCAGGUGUGAGAAGCCCAGAACUGCACACCUAGACAGGUGUGGACCCAAAAAUCUCCUGUGGACCCCAGAAAGGUGUGGCAGGAACACCUGGACUGCAACACCUGAGCCGCAGUUGUGGGAAGCCCAGAACUGCACACCUGGACAGGUGUUGGCUUCAAACCUGCAGCAGGAACACCUGGACUGCAACACCUGAGCUCCAGGUGAGGGAAGCCCAGAACUGCACACCUGGACAGGUGUGGACUCCAUAAAGCUUCACCUGCAACACCUGGACAGUGACACCUGAGGCCCAGGAAUGAGCGCCAGGUGAGGGGACCCUGAAUCUGCACACCUGGACAGGUGGGAGAACCUUGGACCUGCACACCUGGACAGGUGCGGGAACCCUGGAACUGGGAGCCAGGACCGGUGUGUGGGCCCAGAACCGCACACCUGGACAGGUGUGGACCCUUCAAAGGUGCAGCAGCAACACCUGGACAGUGACACCUGAGCCCCAGGUGAGGGCGCCUCAGCCAGGUGUGCACCCCAAACUCUGCAGCACCUGGACAGCGACACCUGCGUGACACCUGAGCUGCAGGUGAGGGACACCUGGACAGGUGUGGACCCCGAACUCUGCAGCACCUGGACAGCGACACCUGCGUGACACCUGAGCUGCAGGUGAGGGACAUCUGGACAGGUGUGGACCCCGAACUUUGCAGCACCUGGACAGUGACACCUGAGCCGCAGGUGAGGGGCCCCAGCGCGGCCACACCUGAGCUGUGACGUCACCGACGGCGGAUGAGGAACUGAGGGACCCCCAGGGCUCACCUGGGGCCAGGUGUGACCCGGGCACUGCGAGGGCUCACCUGGGCACACCUGAGCUCAUGUGGGACACACCUGAGCACACCUGGACCCACCUGGGCCACACCUGGGCAUACUUGGGGAACACCUGAACACACCUGGGGCACACCUGAGCUCAUGUGGGACACACCUGAGCACACCUGGGCAUACUUGGGGAACACCUGAGCUCACCUGAACAUACCUGGGGCACACCUGAGCUCAUGUGGGACACACCUGAGCACACCUGGGCAUACUUGAGGAACACCUGAGCACACCUGGGCAUACUUGGGGAACACCUGAACUCACCUGAACAUACCUGGGGCACACCUGAGCUCAUGUGGGACACACCUGGGCAUACUUGGGGAACACCUGAGCACACCUGGGGCACACCUGACCAUACCUGAGCUCCCCUGGGCACACCUGAGCUCCCCUGGGCACACCUGGGCACACCUGAGCUCCCCUGGGCACACCUGUCCCACCUUCCCGGGCGGUACCUGUAGCGCUGGGGGCGGGGCACACCUGGAUCGUUCAUUAAAGGCUCGUUAAUGGAUGACGUCA